AUGGCCCCUCAUGCUGUGAGCUUGGUCUUGAUUCGAGUUGAUAGCGGCAUACAAAGGCCGGUUUAUUAUGUGAGCAGGUCGCUGCAUGAGGUCGAGAUCCGUUAUUUGCCAUUGGAAAAGACCGUUUUGGCGGUAGUACACACUACACGUAAACUCCCCCAUUAUUUCCAGGCACAUACAGUUGUUGUCCUAACUCAGCUUCCGCUCAGAGCUCUACUCCGUAUUGCUGAUUACACGAGAAGGAUUGCCAAAUGGGGUACGAUUCUAAGGGCUUUUGACAUCAAAUAUAUGCCCCAUACCCCCGUCAAGGGCCAAAUCCUCGUGGAUUUGGUGGCCGAGUUCGCUGAAGCCCCGUUUAAGAAUAAGAUAGAAGCGCAGCACAUGGAUGGAAAAUUGGUUAGCUCAAUUACCCCGCAAGAACCUUUGUAUUGGAAGGUGUAUGUUGAUGAAGCAACAAACCAAAGGGGAUCUAGAGUGGAGCUAGUUCUGAUCUCACCUGAAAAGUUCACCAUUGAGAAAUCAUUAAGAUUGGGCUUCUCAGCCACAAAUAAUGAGGCUGAAUAUGAAGCUUUACUGGAAGGAAUGUCCAUGGUUCAAAGAAUGGGAGGAAAGGUAGUAAAGAUAUUCUCGGACUCAAGACUAGUUGUCGGCCAGGUGAAGGGCAAACUAGAAGCAAGAGAUGAGAGGAUGCAAGGGUACUUAAGUCAAAUUAGGCAUUUGCAAUCAGGAUUUGAAUCCUUCAACCUACUGCACGUCCCUAGAAGUGGAAACACACAUGCUAAUUCCCUAGCCACGCUUGUAACCUCCUCGGUGCAAAGCUUACCUCGGGUUAUCCUUAUAGAAGACUUGUGCAAACCCACAGAGGUAAAGGGAAAGAUGGUUCAUGUUCACCAAAUCAGAGUAGGGCCUAGUUGGAUGGAUCCCAUAGUACUAUUUCUAAGAAAGGACAUCUUGCCGGAAGAUAAAACAGAAGUUAACAAAAUACGGAGAAAGGCGCCUUGUUUUUGGCUAUUCAAGGACCAAAAAUUAUACAAGCGCUCUUUUUCUAGGCCAUAUCUACUAUGCAUUCACCCUGAGGCAUCAAAGCUGCUCCUUGAGGAAUUACAUGGAGGGAUUUGUGGAAGCUAUACAGGAGGCAGAUCUUUAUCUCAUAGAGCCAUCACUCGGGGCUAUUAG